AUUUUUCCGAGUCUCUGAAAAAGAAAACAAGAGCCCGGCUGUUUUGGUCCUUUCGGAUCUUCUUCUCUACUGAGUUUCGGUUUCAUAGUUUCAUUCAAAAAAUUUGAGAGUUUUUAAAAAUCCCGCCAAAUUUCCACACGCGGAAGUCGGAACUGCACACUUCACAAGGAAAAAACCGUGGGCAUAAAAAAUUCUGCCGGAAAAGAGAAGAAAACGAACCUCACGCAAAGGGGUCAAGUUAGAAAUGGAGAGGGGAAUGAUAUCAGUUGACCGGUGGGCGCAAGGCAGCCAAGCUUACUUCCUCACUCAUCUCCACGCCGAUCACACCGUUGGCCUGACUCCGACCUGGAAAUGGGGCCCGCUCUUCUGUUCCCAGGUCACCGCUAAGCUCUUCCUCACCAAAUUCGAUCAGUUUAAUAAGCUCAGCCUCCUCCGGAUUCUGGAUCUCGGACGUUGGUAUUCUCUCCCGCUCUUCUCUCCUUCCUCCGGCCAACCCGUUACCAUCCAAGUCAUGGCCAUUGAUGCCCAUCAUUGCCCUGGGGCAGUGAUGUAUUUAUUUCGUGGUGAAUUCGGAUGCAUGCUAUAUACUGGUGAUUUCCGAUGGGAAACCGUGGAUCCUAGAGCAGAGAUUGCCAGGGGCAUGUUGCUUGAAGCUCUCAAAGGGGUGAAAUUGGAUAUUUUGUACUUGGAUAAUACUUAUUGCGAUCCAUCAUAUUGUUUCCCUUCCCGUGAAGAUGCUUCUAGACAGGUUGUCGAUAUUAUCUCCUCUCAUCCAAAUCAUGAUAUAGUUAUCAGUAUUGACUCAUUGGGCAAAGAAGAUCUCUUGUUCUAUAUUUCAAAAAAGCUGAAGACAAAGAUCUGGGUUUGGCCGGAGCGUUUGCGAACUAUGCACCUUCUUGGAUUUCAGGAUAUUUUUACAACCAAUACAUCACUUACAAGAAUUCGGGCCAUUCCGCGUUACAGCUUUAGCAUGGAAACACUUCAAGCAUUGAACCUGAUGCGCCCUACCGUAGGAAUUAUGCCAUCUGGUCUUCCAUGGAUGAAGAAGAUUUUUAGUGGUCCCGGCAAUGUAGUGGGUCCUUCCCCUUCACACGGUGUAACCUGUUCGAAGACAAGGAAGCAAAAUGGAGUUCUAGCAAUUACAGAGAUCUGCAAUGAGUACAUAUAUACAGUUCCAUAUUCUGAUCACUCAUGCUUCUCAGAAAUAAAGAAAUUUGUUGAGCUUCUCCAGCCGACGGACAUUAGGGGCACUGUAUCUUCCUCACCCUCUAAUGUUGAACCGCGUAACUUCUUUGGCAACCAAAAGCCUUUCGGUGAAGUUAGAGCUGGAAAACACGAAGGUCCUCAAGUUAGAUCCCCUAUCGAGACAGUCGAGUCCAUUUUGGCCAGAAGAGAAAGAAUAAUAAAGAGAUGUGGUCGUCUUAUCUCUCGUCAUUUUAUCUCUCGUCUGGAUAGAGUGCGAUUACUGAGAAGACUGAGGCGCGGCAUAAAGAUCACCGACAGUGAGUUUUCUCCUUAACUAUGUUAAAAUUGAGUGAACAGCUAUCUUAACUCUCAAUAACUAACUGCAUCUGCUUAUCAUGAAGAGAGGGAAAGUGUCAUAUUAGCAUUGUAGAACCAGUAGGUUGGGCCAUGUAACACGCGUAAAUGUUAUUGUUAGAGUUGAUUGUUCCUCAUUGUGUUUGCUAACAGCUGUGACUAGUUUAUAAAUUCCUAGGGUCUCUCCACUCAUAUCCCACUGGAUGCUCAGUUUUCUGGUAGUUGAAGUGCAUGAUUUUAAUAGUGAUAAGAAAAGAAGUUUUAAGAAUAGUUUUUUGCUGCCCAGUUGACAUUACAUUACUGAGUGGAUAUGACUCUUAAUGAUUCUAGUGUGGAAUAUCUUCUGCCUCUUGAUAUGAAUGUGACAUGGAUUUGUAUCCCUUCUUUGAUCCAUUAUUCAUGAGAACGACAAAGGUCUACUGCAGAAAGUGUUUAUAUUCUCCUCUGCUCCAUCAUUGU